AGACGCUCGUACGGUUCCAACUUGCCAGUAGAAAAACACCUCCCCUGGAAGAGACCGUUCUCGAUGAUUUAUCUCGUCAAAAGGUGAACUCGGGCAACUUCUCUGAACUUAUUAUCGGAAAUGCCUAGCUCCAAGAACUCCCUGGAAUCACGGUAGCAUAAUAUGGACUGCUACAGAAUGACGAGACUCAUCGAGUGGAUGCCUUCCAGGGAGGGAUGUGUGACCGGUCCGCUGUCUCAGAACGACUGGUUGGGGGUUUAGUCUGAAGAUUGCUCGAAAGGAUGCCACUGAUUCAGAUUGCAAGACGUUUCCGAUUACAUUUCGUUGUGCUGUAGCUCGGCAGCAGCGGUGUAGUAAUGCGACUUGUGCAGGUGCAGCGGUGGAGAGAAACGAAGAGGCUUGCAAGAUGCUACAGUCAACCUCAUCAUAUGCGACUCUAUCUUGGUUCCAUAAGCUGUCAAGCUUCAUCAGUGGCCAGCGUUACAUGCUCGUUUGCCAAGCCCAGGUCAACCAGUCAGGGACGGUGGAUCGUCUUCAAGGCUCGAAUUGAACGAAUCAUGUGUUUCUCGUGUUCGGCUCAAACAUUUCUCGCGCACUACCACCCUUGCCGAUGUCUCUCAAGUCAGCGGUUGAGAGCAAAAGUCAAAUCUGGACUGUUAGCAUUGGUUUCAUCGUUUCAUCCUCGUCCAUCAUAAUAGAGUCGUCCCCUCCUUUUUGCUAUUUACUUGGCCCCCCAUUACUUACCAUCGGCAUUCCACAUGUUUAACAUAGUUGUAGCUUCUGCCUGAAGUUGAUACUAUGCUAGACAUAUGCAACUUCAGGCAGAAGCUGCAAUCAGUUUUAGUUACCAGGCUUCGAGACUUUUGUUGUGAUUGAUUAUGUUCUCUAAUUAAUCUCUCCUCCUUUCGAUUCGCCUCCACUCUUCAAUCAAAUUGAGCUAUACAACGUAUGCUUGUGCGUGAGUGGACCUCGUCAAGGACAUUCAUGCCCCGGUGGAGUUGAAAGCUGGGAGUGCAGGCUUGUAGGAUUAAGAAAUAAUACGGGGCCAGAUGCUUCUGUCACUAAGGCUCGAAGCGUUGCCAAGUUGCCAGCAGCUAACAAUGCAGGACGUUUUGGUCCAUCGUUUUGGUUUUGGUUUCGUGUGGUGCUCAAUCGUCUAAACUGACAGUCACAGUUACAGAGGUGGUGAUUUUGGAUGUGGUUCCACGGGCAGAAUAGUGUUGCACCCGCGAUUCGUUUCUGAUUCCCGUCUGAAGGGGUGCAAGCGUGAUGCCUGCCGAGUGUUGCUUGUCUGGAGUACAUUGCCUCUUGAAAUGAAGCAAGUAGAUGAACCGACUGAUGAAACAAACACACGGGCCAAAGCAUUCGGAUCCGUCUAUCGAAGCAAUAAGAUCUGUUUGGC